GAAGAAGAUACACCAGCAGAGGUAGCAGGUUUUUUACAACUCGCCGCAGUGGAUACAAUUUUGUUAGUUAUAGCUGGAUUAUUGAUAAACACUACGCGCUGCCAGCAUAAAGAUGCCCCUCAAAUUGGACAUCAAGCGUCGCCUGACGUCGCGCUCUGAUCGUGUUAAGUGCGUGGACCUUCAUCCGGCCGAGCCCUGGAUGUUGUGCGCUCUGUACAAUGGCCACGUACACAUCAUGAACUAUGAGAAUCAGCAAUUGGUUAAAGAUUUUGAGGUCUGUGAUGUGCCAGUGCGUUCGGCACGCUUUGUGGCACGCAAAAAUUGGAUAAUAACUGGCUCGGAUGAUAUGCAAAUCAGGAUAUUCAAUUAUAACACAUUGGAGAAGGUGCAUUCCUAUGAGGCGCACUCAGACUAUUUGCGCUGCAUAGCCGUGCAUCCCACACAGCCGUUGGUGUUGACGAGCAGCGAUGAUAUGCUUAUCAAAUUGUGGAACUGGGAGAAGAUGUGGGCAUGCCAACGUGUCUUUGAGGGUCAUACGCACUACGUUAUGCAGAUUGUGUUUAAUCCCAAGGAUAACAACACCUUUGCUUCGGCUUCAUUAGAUCGCACGGUUAAGGUAUGGCAACUGGGCUCCAACUUUGCCAAUUUUACCCUAGAGGGCCACGAGAAGGGUGUCAACUGUGUGGAUUACUAUCAUGGUGGGGACAAGCCCUAUUUGAUUUCUGGCGCUGAUGAUCGUAUGGUGAAGAUCUGGGACUAUCAAAAUAAGACCUGUGUGCAGACGCUAGAGGGACAUGGACAGAAUAUUUCUGCUGUUUGCUUUCAUCCGGAGUUGCCUAUUUUGCUGACCGGCUCGGAGGACGGCACUGUGCGCAUCUGGCACUCCGGCACCUAUCGGCUGGAGACUUGCCUUAACUAUGGCUUUGAGCGCGUCUGGACUAUAUCUAGCAUGCGUGGCACAAACAACGUAGCCUUGGGCUAUGACGAAGGCUCAAUUAUUAUUAAAGUUGGCCGCGAGGAGCCAGCCAUGUCUAUGGAUGUUGUUGGUGGCAAAAUCAUCUGGGCCAAGCAUUCCGAAAUGCAACAAGUAAACUUAAAAACUAUUGCUGAUGGCACUGAGAUUAAGGAUGGCGAGCGUCUGCCUGUUGGUGUUAAGGACAUGGGCGCUUGCGAAAUUUAUCCACAGACCAUUUCCCACAAUCCCAACGGCCGCUUCGUUGUCGUCUGCGGCGAUGGCGAGUACAUUAUCUAUACGUCCAUGGCCUUGCGCAACAAAGCCUUUGGCUCUGCUCAAGAGUUUGUCUGGGCACCAGAGAGCAAUGAGUAUGCUAUACGCGAAACCAACGGCACUGUGCGUCUCUUCCGCAAUUUCAAAGAACGCAAAAGCUUUACGCCUGAGUAUGGAGCUGAGAGCAUCUAUGGUGGUUACUAUCUUGGCGUGAAGACUUCAUCGGGCUUGGCCUUCUAUGAUUGGGAGACACUGCAGCUGGUACGAAGGAUUGAAGUGCAGCCACGCAAUGUAUUUUGGAAUGAGAGCGGCAGCCUUGUUUGCUUGGCCACCGAUGAUUCCUACUUUAUACUUGGCGUAGAUACGGCACAGAUUUCUUCAGCGCUGGAGACCAAAGAGGGAUUGGAGGAUGAUGGGGUCGAAAGCGCUUUCAAUGUGCUGGGUGAAUUCUCGGAGUCUGUCAAAACUGGACUUUGGGUGGGCGAUUGCUUCAUUUAUACCAAUUCGGUGAAUCGCAUUAAUUAUUAUGUGGGCGGCGAGAUUGUCACCAUAUCGCAUUUGGAUCGCACCAUGUAUCUGCUGGGCUAUGUGCCCAAGGAAAAUCGCUUGUAUCUGGGCGACAAGGAGCUGAAUGUGAUCAGUUUUUGCCUGCACUUGUCCGUACUGGAGUACCAAACGGCCGUCAUGCGUCGCGACUUUGAGCGUGCUGAUGUGGUGCUGCCCACCAUACCAAAGGAGCAUCGCACGCGUGUGGCACACUUUCUGGAGAAGCAGGGCUUUAAGUCGCAGGCUCUGCAAGUGUCCACCGAUGCGGAUCACAAAUUUGAUCUGUCAUUGCAAAUUGGCGAGCUGGACAUUGCGCUAAAGUUGGCACGCGAGGCGGAGAAUGCACAGAAAUGGUCGCAGCUGGCGGAUGUGGCGGCGCGCAAGAAUAAUAUGGCAUUGGUCAAAGAGUGCAUGCAGAAGGCAAACGAUUUCAGUGGCUUGCUGCUGCUCUCCACGGCCUCAGGCGAUGCACAAAUGUUGCAGGAGGUGGGCGCUCUGAGCACUGCACAGGGACGUCAUAAUAUUUCAUUCCUGGCCGCCUUUUUGCGUUCCGAUGUGGAGCGUUGUCUGGAGAUUCUAAUUGAAACAAAUCGCUUGCCUGAGGCGGCAUUCUUCGCGCGCACAUAUAUGCCCAGUCAGAUGUCGCGUGUGGUGGAGCUUUGGCGCGAAGAGCUGGCCAAGGUUAACGAGAAGGCUGGCCAAUCGUUGGCCGAUCCCACGCAGUACACAAAUCUCUUCCCGGGUCUGGGCGAUGCGCUGCGCGUAGAGGAACACUUGCAGGAGGAGCGCGCACGCAAACAACCAGCGCGAAUUGCUGCGCAGCUGCCCUUGAAUAGCGAACGUAAUCCACUAGAAGAGCUGCAUAUCACCGAACAGCAGAGUGGACUUGGUCAGUUGGAGGAGAAAGAGAAGCCAGCAUUUGUGCCCGCAACCGCAGCAGCUAGCAGCCACGCUGCGCCGCCAGCAACUACUCUCAGCGAAGAUAAUGAUGAUGACUUAGAUUUGGAUUUGGAGAUUGAUGGCAUUACGCUCGAUGACACCAUUGAUGAGAAUCUAGAUGAUGACUUUCUGAGCGAUGAUUAGAUGCUUAAAAAUAGCAAGCGCUGUAUUCGAUAAUAUGCAAAGUGUAAUCGUAAAAUCCUUUAUUUUUUUAUUUUCGGUUAGAACACCACGCAUUUCAAGCCACAAAUUCCACAGACACACAUACAUACAAACGCAUGCUACACAUUUGAUUUGAUUGAAUGAAUGUUUACUGUGCAUUAAUUAU